GAGCAGAGACCUAACGACAUACCAUACUCUAUGGUACAACAAGAUGCUUGUUUCGACUGGUGCGAUCAUUGUGCAGAGUCCAGACACAUCCGAUAGUCAGCGCGGGGAUCUGGCGGUGUUCAACUGCCACGCUACAAGGUAUUAGUUAUGGUAUGAAGCCGGAACGAGCAGCCGACCAUUGGAAGAGACGGUUUCUCUGGCGAGUCGAGUCGCACGAGGAGCGUCAGUUCAGACUCUGGAUGGCUUUGAUUCGAACUAAGAGAGUAGAGCAGCAAGCAAUACUGUUGGGUGUUCGCAGUAUUGUCGCCUUGUUUCUGUUUGCGCGAGAACGCCUGUUGCGUCAUCGCGGUAACCGCUUGGAUAGUUGGAUUUCUCAUUCCUUUCGCUUCUUGAACUUAUCAGCCAUCAGUUUAUUAGUGGUAUUACUCGACACCUCACUGCUUCAUUUAAGGACGGGCAUCAACCGCGAUUUUCCCAUCUUCUCUUUUAGCUUUCCCAUAUGGCCUUUCUCGAUCUUCCUCCAUCUCCAUCUUCCCGAGCCACUCCUCAUCUGACCAGACAAUCGAUCUCGACGAAUCGUGGCUCCUCGUCUCUAGUCUCUACUAGAGAGAGACUCUAGAGCAACGACUCAGCCACAACGUCAGCAUCCCCGGCCCACGCCAAGCGACGAAUUCUCCGGCCAGUCCUAAUUCAGUGCGCCGUCGUACUCUCUAGGCCGUCACGGCCCCUCAGCGUUGCCUCUGCGGUCCACCAAGAGGAUUCUGGACGCCCGAUCG